GCUAAGGAGCCCCCGAGGCUGCAGCCGUUCCCGGUGAUUAUCCCCCACGUCUUUCUGUCUGAACCAGAUGUUAUUUAUUUUAACUAAUAAAAAGUGACUGGAGUGUUUUUUUUAAAUAUCAGUCAGACUAAUGUGAGUGGAGCCUACUCACGUAAGCUUGUCAAAAAAGAGAAACCGAGAGGAAAAAAAAUCAGAGGGAAAUUCCAGGCUUGAAAUCCCGAGCGUUUAACAACCAACCACAGAACAUUAUGACGAGCACAUUUACAGCUCAGUCAGAAACUCUGCAGGUUCUUUCUGCUUUUCUCACUUUAUUAGGUUCUAGUGAGUUAACUGGUGUUAAAGGAUAAGGUUUUCAUUUUCUGUUGUGUCGUGUUCUGUCACCCAAUAACAAAAUCUAAAUUAUAAAUGUUUUCAGAUUUGGUACAUUUACUAUUUAAGUAAGUAAGUAAGUAAGUAAAAGUUUAUUUAUAUAGUACCUUUCACAGCCAUAGAGGGUCAAAGUGCUUUACUAAGGUGCAGAAAAAAUAAAACAAAACAUAAACAACAUCAUAAAAUAAUUGCUAAAAGACAGACAACACACUAGGAUUGUUAAAAGGCUUUAUAAAAAAGGAAAGUUUUAAUUUUGCUCUUAAAAGCAACCACAGAAUCAAGUACACGUAUUGAGAGCGGAAGAUCAUUCCAGAGCCUUGGAGCAACAGCCUGGAGGAAGCGAUCACCUCUAGACUUAAAAUGAGGGGGACCAUUAGAAGAUUCUGAUCUGAUCUCAGCACUCGAGAGGGUAAAAACAGACACAACAGGGCUUUAAUGUAUAAGGGAGCCUGACCAUGGAGAUCUUUAAACGUUAGUACCAGGAUUUUAAAAUUAAAACGAAAAACCACUGGGAGCCGAUGGAGUGAUUUUAGAAUCGGGGUAAUAUGAACCCUUGUUUUGGUGCGGGUCAACACCCUAGCCGCUGCAUUUUGGACCAGCUGCAAACAAGACAACUUCUUUUUAAGACAGGAAAAAAGGCUAUUACAAUAGUCUAGAUGUGAAGACACAAAAGCAUGAAUGAUCAACCCUAAAUCAUCUUUGGAAACAACUCUUCUAAGUUUGGAAAUAUUUCCAAGCUGAAAGAAACAGUUUCUAGUGAGUUGCUUAGAAUAGUGUACAAGUGACAUCCCUCUGUCAAAAAUCACAUCAAGAUUUCUAAGAUUUGAUUUGGCAGAUGAGCUCAGGUCACCCAAAUGCUGGUAAAUUCUUGGAACAACAACAUCAGGAGCAGUCACCAGCACCUCAGUCUUUAUCAGAGUUUAACUGCAAAUAGCGCCAAGCCAAUAUUUAAUUUUAAAGGGGCAAUAUUAUGUGUUUCUCAGGCAUAUAUUUAAAUACUAUACCAUA